AUGUCCUCUUCUGUGCCCUCUAUGACGCAUGAGGUCUAUAGCGAGUGGUGCGUCAAGGCUGCCGAGAUCAUCCUGGCCGCACGGGUGGACAGUCCGAGUCGAAAGCUGAGCUGUCGAAUAGAUGACAGAUCUCACGGGGUGUACGCGGUUGAGUCAUUUUGUUUGAUCCCCCAAACAGAGCGCUCGGAGGACCGCUGGAUGGGUGCCAGCGUUUAUGGGUUUGCGAUGACAAGCGGUGACAUCUAUUUUUUGCUUUCAGUGUCCUUUGGUUUUCAGUUUCUGCCUCAGCGUGGCUUUGCCCCAGUGCCAGAUUGGUUGCUGCAGCACAUGAGUACGCGUUGGCACUCGCACUUGAGCUUCACAGAAUGCAACUGCCAUGAGAUUUGUAACCAAACAGAGUGGGACCUGAGAAGAGAUUUGGUACUAGCUUCGCUGCGGGUGCCGGAGCUCUUCAACGUGCGCGGCGAGGCCAUCGCACGGCCUGAGUUCUUUCAGCUGAGGACGCAAAGGUCGUUCCAGGUUGAGAUCUAUCUCAGCAAUGAGGAGGACUCUAGCGAAGAGGGAGAGCUCCUAGAACGUUGGACCUUCACCUUCUUGCCAGCGCCCGCGCAUCCAGAAGCCAACCAAUUGGACAGGCACAACCAAUCGCUGAUCCGGAAGCUCACCGUGGUUCUUCGGACCUUACUCUUUUUUGUGCGCCUGCAACCUGCUCAUGGCCUUUGCCGUGGGCCAAAUGCCCCAGCCAGGUUUCACCUUUUCCGCGUGGAGGCAUGGCCCCCCACCUCUCGGCCCUCCACCACUUUGGAGCUCCUCUCACAGGACUUUGUGACGCUCCAAUCCACCGUGGGGACGCUGCGGUUGUCAGUGUCCCAGCGCAAGGACCUGAAGUCGCUCACGUCUGCAGGGCCCCUGCCGCUUCAGGGCGUCGCGGCGAUUUCGUCGCAGACAGAGAAGAUCGAGAUGGAAGAAGGCUUCUUUGCGGUCGAUCCGCCAUCCCACGCUGCGGGCCGGUUAGAAAAGAUCUCGGAGGAGUCCGAGGUUGUUGAGUUUCGGAAGUUCCAGGGUUGUCAACCAAAUCGCUCGAGCAUCGAUCGGACCUGGAUCAGGUGCGCUGUGAAGAUGGCACACCAGGAUGGGAUUGGGCUGGAGUGGAGUUUGGAUCAGAUUGGGUGCUUUCUCCAGCAACAGCUAGACGUGGUGGCGUGA